GUAACCAGUAGUUCUUUAGACGAAGUGUAUUAGUUGCGUUGCAAUCUUUUAGGCGUUUUAACAAUCCUAUAGCUUUCUAACAUUUUCCAUUGUGAAUCACGAGUCACUGCUGUAAAUCCGGGGCGAGGCGUCGUUCCUCACCAUUUUAGACAGCUAGUAAACUUGGAAGAAUGAAUUUUUCGAGUGCCACUGAUUUUUUUUAUACUUGGCCAGCCUAACGUGGUGCAUUAAUUCGAUGUGCUCCUAAAUUGUAAAGUAAAAUAGGGAUCGCCAAGGCAGAGAUUUCUGCAUUACAUAUUGUUAUAAAAGUCCAGUUUAGUACUGUAAUAAUGUAGGCGAACUUAAUUAUGAGUGAUUGGAAACGUAUUCGACGCGAUUGAUCCACUUUUCUGCGCUGGGUAACGGUGGAGUGUCAUCGGUUAUUAUAAGGUGUUUAAUGGUGCCAUGCCUUUCUCCUGUCUUUUGUACAUGCUAUCACUUAUUUACCUCCUACCUAAAGAGCAAAUCUGUUUAAACGAGCAUUUAGCAGUAUCGAUGACAAGUUUGAAAACUAACAAAUGAGGCCAAGUUUCUUCGUUGGCUUCGCUUAGACUGUCCAGCCCGUCUCCGGCUUUAAACUCGCAUCCCGUUGUGCUACUCUGUAUAAAGGGGAGCGAACUUUAGACUAUGGUGUUGCUGGUGAGCAGUAGCAGGCACCCUGAGAAGUGGAUCGUUCCUGGUGGGGGGAUGGAGCCUGAAGAAGAGCCCAGUGUCGCUGCUGUUCGAGAAGUUUGUGAAGAGGCUGGUGUCAAGGGGACGUUGGGGCGGCUCGUAGGAAUAUUUGAGAACCAAGACAGGAAGCACAGGACGUACGUCUACGUCCUCAUCGUCACAGAGGUCCUGGAGGACUGGGAGGACUCUGUGAACAUCGGGAGGAAGAGGGAGUGGUUUAAGACGGAGGAGGCGGGUGAGCUGCUGCGCUGCCACAAGCCCGUGCAGGCGUCCUACUUCGAGGCACUGCGGCAGGGCUGCCUAUCCAGCAAUGGGACCCCCAUACUGGCCACGAUAUCCGGGGAGCUGCCGGCCACCUACAGCCUCAGCCAGAGCUCCGUCUCGGGCAUCAGAUAACUACACCGGGGCGGCACCCGCGCCCCGGGGCCCGGGACCCAGCCGCGUCUGCUCGCCCCCUCCUCCUCCCACCCCCCC